AUGGAUCCGGGCGCGGGGGACGCACUGGGAGAGGGGCCGCCCGCGCCCCGGCCCCGCCGCCGCCGUUCCCUGCGCCGCCUGCUCAACCGCUUCCUGCUAGCUCUGGGCAGCCGCUCCCGCUCGGGGGACUCGCCGCCCCGGCCCCCGGCCCAGCCCAGCCCCUACGAUGGCGAUGGAGAAGGGGGCUUUGCCUGUGCCCCGGGCCCGGCACCAGCCGUUGCUGGGAGCCCAGGGCCAGAUCGUCCUCCCGGAUCUCAACCCCAGAUAUCUUCGGGUGACGGGGCGCGUCCGCCCGGCGCUCAGGGCUUGAAGAACCAUGGCAACACCUGUUUCAUGAACGCGGUGGUGCAGUGUCUCAGCAACACCGACCUGCUGGCCGAGUUCCUAGCGCUGGGGCGCUACCGGGCGGUGCCCGGCCGCGCAGAGGUCACCGAGCAGCUGGCGGCGCUGGUGCGCGCGCUCUGGACGCGCGAAUACACGCCCCAACUUUCUGCAGAGUUCAAGAAUGCUGUUUCUAAGUAUGGCUCCCAGUUCCAAGGCAAUUCCCAACACGAUGCCCUGGAAUUCCUCCUCUGGCUUCUGGAUCGUGUCCAUGAAGACUUGGAGGGCUCAGCUCACGGGCUGGUAUCUGAGCAGCUGCCCCCAGAAGUGAGUAAGAUCUCAGAGGACCUCCGGCCAUCUGCAACUCCUCCCUCCGUAGGCCCCAGUUUUGUGCAGAGCCACUUUCAAGCACAAUACAGGUCUUCCUUGACUUGUCCUCACUGCCUGAAACAAAGCAACACCUUCGACCCCUUCCUGUGUGUGUCUCUUCCCAUCCCCUUGCGCCAGACGAGAUUCUUGAGUGUCACUUUGGUGUUCCCCUCUAAGAGCCAGCGGUUCCUGCGUGUUGGCCUGGCUGUGCCGAUCCUUAGCACGGUGGCGGCCUUGAGGAAGAUGGUUGCGGAGGAAGGAGGCGUCCCUGCAGAGGAGGUGAUCUUGGUUGAACUGUAUCCCAAUGGAUUCCAGCGGUCAUUCUUUGAUGAAGAGGACCUGAAUACCAUUGCAGAGGGUGACAAUGUGUAUGCUUUCCAAGUCCCUCCCUCACCUGGUCCGGGGACACUGUCAGCUCAUCCAUCUUGUCUGUCAAUGUCACCGCGCUUGGCAGUUCAUGACAGCCAGCGCUUCUCUGCGCCUCUCCACAGCGAGAACAGGGUGAUCAUCCUCUUCUGUAACCUGGUGGGGUCAGGGCAGCAGGCGAGCAGGUUUGGGCCACCAUUCUUGAUUCGGGAAGAUAGAACAAUCUCCUGGGCCCAGCUUCAACAGUGUAUUCUCAGCAAGGUUCGAUGCCUCAUGAGGAGUGAGGUCUCUGCACAGGACCUGGGGACUCUGUUCUCCAUCCGAGUUGUGGGGCUCUCCUUGGCCUGCAGCUACUUAUCUCCACAGGACAGCUGGCCCCUUUGUCACUGGGCAGUUGACAGGGCUUUGCACCUCAGGAGGCCAGGAGGUCCUCCUCACGUCAAGCUGGCUGUGGAAUGGGACAGCUCUGUCACAGAGCGCCUGUUUGGGAGCCUCCAGGAGGAAAGGGUCCAGGAUGCAGACAGUGUGUGGCGACAGCAGCAAGCACACCAGCAGCCCAGCUGUACCCUGGACGAAUGUUUUCAGUCCUAUACCAAGGAGGAGCAGCUGGCCCAGGAUGAUGCAUGGAAGUGCCCUCACUGCCAAGUCCUGCAGCAGGGUGUGGUAAAGCUGAGUUUAUGGACUCUGCCUGACAUCCUGAUCAUCCAUCUGAAACGCUUCUGUCAGGUGGGAGAGAGAAGGAACAAGCUCUCCACGCUGGUGAAGUUCCCACUGUCUGGACUCAACAUGGCUCCCCAUGUAGCACGGAGGAGCACCAACUCCAAGGCAGGGCCUGGCCCUUGGCCCUCCUGGAAGCAGCCCAUCUGCCUCCCGACCACCUACCCGCUGGACUUCCUCUACGACUUGUAUGCUGUCUGCAACCACCAUGGCAGUCUGCAAGGUGGGCAUUACACAGCCUAUUGCCGGAACUCCCUGGAUGGCCAGUGGUACAGCUAUGAUGACAGCACAGUGGAGCCCCUGCGAGAGGAUGAGGUCAACACCAGAGGGGCUUACAUCCUGUUCUAUCAGAAGCGGAACAGCAUCCCUCCCUGGUCAGCGAGCAGCUCCAUGAGAGGCUCCACCAGCUCCUCCUUGUCUGAUCAUUGGCUCAUGAGACUCGGGAGCCUCAACAGCAGCACGAGGGGAAGCUUGCUAUCCUGGAGCUCUGCCCCCUGCCCCUCCGUGGCCCGGGUACCUGACUCUCCUGUCUUCACCAAUGGUAUCUGCCACCAGGACAAAGGAGGAGUUGAGGCCAGGCCUUUGGUUCGGGGUGUUGGUGGCCGAAGUAUCAGCAUGAAGGCACCUCCUGCUUCCAGAUCCAGGCAUGGGCCCUUUAAGACCAUGCCCCUGAGGUGGUCCUUUGGACACAGGGAGAAACGUCCUGGGGCAUCUGUUGAACUGGUGGAAUACCUAGAGUCCAGAAGAAGACCCCGCUCUACCAGCCAGUCCAUUGUGCCGCUCUUGACACGUGCUGCUGGGGGCGAUGAGACGGCAGCUUCGCCAAGGUCAGAUGUCACCCUUCCUGCUAAAAGUGAAGACAGCGGUCGAGCCAUUGGGCAAGGAACAACUGGGGUGCCCCUUUCCUCAUGUCACCUCAACCACCAUCAAGCCCUGGGGUCCUUAGAUGAUGGUCUGCACACUGCCAGGACACGAACAGGGAAUGCAAGUCAGGAUAUCAGGCUCCCAAAAAAGUUUGACCUGCCCCUCACUGUGAUGCCCUCAGUGGGGGAUGAGAAGCCAGCACACCCUGAGGGCCAGAAGAUGACAGUGUGGAAGGGAAGUAGCCAGGUGGGAAGCCAGAGUAGCCCACCUUCCCCAUCCACUGGCUUGCUCAGAAACUUUAAGGACAAUGGCCCAGGUACCUUACCCAAGAUGAAGGCUAAGGCUGCCCUGGAGGAAAGGGCCCCUGACAAGGGACAGGGGACAUUCACUCUUUUGAAAUCUGUGUUUUGGAAGAAAGAGCACAAGAGGACUGUCAGGACUGAAAGCUCACCACCAGCACCCCCAGUCUCCCUGGCGAGUGACCGGCUGAGCCCUGCCAUGAAUGAGCAUGCCCGAGGUUCGUCCCCUGCCCUCAGGAUUCGAGAGAGCCCAGCCAGAGGCCUGGGCAACCACACAGAGAGGGACAUCCGAUCUGCGCCCAGCUCUCUCCACCUCCCCCGAAAAGCCAGCAGGCCCCCUCGAACCAGUACAGCUGGCAUCUCACAAAGGACCAUUCCUGGGGAACAGACUUCUUAUGGCACCCUGCAGAGAGUGAAAUACCACACCCUUUCCUUAAGUCGAAAGAAAUCCUUACCGGAGUCCAGCUUCUGAUGGAACGUUUCAGUGUUGUGUGAAGCUGGCAUUCCUGAGGCUGUGCACUGAGCAUCUGUAGGCUGCUUAUGUCCAGAGUGGAUUUUCUAGAAUCCAGUUAACUUGUGGCCUCCAAAAAGAAAAAAAAAAAAAAAAAAAACAAAACGAAAAGUUUGUCAUAUUCCAAUAACCCAGUAUCAAAGUGGUUGGGUUCCCAUUGCUGGGUUUUGAUACAGCCUGGCCACUAGACGGUGCUGCUGAGCCCAAAUUAUCACUACAAGGCUAAAAUUAGUAUUUGGUAUAUUUAAGUCCAGGGCCUGCCAUAGUCUACUAAAAAGACUCUGGUGUCAUGUCAGAUACUAACUCUCACCAACUUGUGUGCUCCUAACUUACAUGCCCUACUUUUCUUCUUUCCUUCCUCUUCCCCUCCUCCCCUCCCUUCUCCUCUCUUCUUUUUCUCCCUCUUCCCCUCCUUCUCUUCCUCCUCCCCUCCUCC